ACAAACAUUUAAACUCAAACUCUCUCCACCAUCUUGUUAACCCCCAUUUUAUACAUGCUUGAGUCUUGUCAAUGAGAGGCCUGAAUAGUGAAAUUGAGAUGUCCUAUCAAAUCUCACGGAUGGGAUAACCAAUUUCAUUCCUUCAAGCCAAGCUUAACGACUGCGUGAGCUAAAAGCUGUUUGUAAAUAGCUCAAUAGAGCUACGGCUUGUCAAGAUGACCAGGAGAAUUGUGGGUAUAACUUUCCCAUGUCUUCCUUUUUCCUGCUACUGAUUUCUGUGUAGGUCCGUACGGCAACACAACUUGGUGCUCUUGCUCUAUUUACCAUCAUCAUCCUGUGGUUCCUGGACAAUCGAUAUCGAGUCCUCCCUACUGCACUUCAUGAUUAUAUGCCGGCACAUCAUCCGGGCGUAGUAAUUACAGAUAUUACUGUCACGAAGUGUUCAAAAAUCAACCUAUUCACAAGCUGCAAGCUCGAUGCCGAAAAAUGGCAUCGUAUAGAGAAGGACUUGUAUUUGGGACAUGGCUGGAUCAACAGCGCUUAUAUGCAUGUGCAGAGGAAGAAAGAAGAGGAACUUACGUCGGAAGAUAAGGUUGUUGUGGAUGUUAAUGUAGGGAGAUUGGAUCCAGCGACUGCUACAAAAGGCGAAGGCGAUGAGAGAUGGGAGUCGAGACCCGCUGGAUUAUGGCUGAAACGAUCGGCAAAGCGCCACGCGAGUGACUCUGAUAAAGCGGUUACUUCUGUGGAUGUAUUGUUUGGUGCUGAUGCUGUAGAUCCGAGGGAUGGGUGGGAGAUGAAAGGCACGCCAUUGUUACUGGAUUCUUCUGGAGAGGUGCAGGAAGCCAGACUUAGCGUACGGAGAGGAAAACUCGUCAAGCCAGCCAAACCGACGCCUCGCAUAAGGGACAAUGGCAAAUUCAAAAUUUUACAAGCGGCAGAUUUACACUUGAGUACGGGGACCGGACACUGUAGGGAUGCGAUGCCGCAGGAUGGUGGGAAGUGUGACGCUGAUCCUAGGACAUUGGAAUUCGUUGGAAGAUUACUUGAUGAAGAAAAGCCAGAUGUGGUCAUCCUUAGUGGUGAUCAAAUAAAUGGAGAGACAGCGCCGGAUGCACAAAGCGUAAGAAUUUUUCUUUUGAUUUUUAUCGCUUACCAUCUAACAGAAUUAGGCUAUCUUCAAAUAUGCCGAGUUAUUUAUUAAGCGUAAAAUUCCAUUUGCGACAAUAUUUGGUAAUCAUGAUGAUGAAGGAUCAUUACCUCGAGAUCAACAAAUGGAAUUAAUCGAGUCUCUUCCGUACUCAUUAUCUAAAGCGGGGCCAGAAGAAAUCGAAGGAGUAGGGAACUACAUCGUUGAAGUCCUCGCACAAGGUAGCUCAAAGCAUUCUGCUUUGACAAUCUACUUACUAGAUACCCAUUCAUACUCACCAGAUGAGAGAUCAUUUAAAGGAUAUGAUUGGUUGAAAAAGAAUCAGAUAGAUUGGUUCAAGCAAACUGCCGAGGGGCUGAAAAAAGCACACGAAGGGUAUUCCCAUAUUCAUAUGGAUCUUGCCUUUAUUCAUAUACCAUUACCUGAAUAUAGAGAUGAUACCCUUUAUAAAGAGGGAGCAUGGCGCGAAGGAGUCACUGCACCAGGUUUCAAUUCUGGUUUCCGAGAUGCCCUUGUAGAACAGGGUGUCGUAAUGGUCAGUUGCGGACAGUAAGUAUCCACUUUCCCCACUCUUCUGAACUCCCUUGACCGGAUAUAGUGAUCAUGCAAAUGAAUACUGUUCUCUUUCUCGAAGAGAGGACGAAAGUCCCGCUCUUUGGAUGUGUUAUGGUGGUGGUGCAGGAUUCGGAGGUUACGGAGGAUACGGCGGAUAUCAUCGCCGAAUUCGUCUUUUUGAAAUCGAUAUGAACGAAGCGAAGAUAGUAACUUACAAGCGGCUCGAGUAUGGAGAUAUAGAGAAGCGAAUCGAUGAACAGACUAUAGUUGAGGGUGGGAAAGCCAUAGCCCCACCUCUUUGACCAGUUUCCGGGUUGGCAGAUCAGCGUUCUUGAAGACAGAUUUUUAUAACCGCAUUUGGAUUAUCUUGCCUGUACCUUUUUUAAGUUCUUCUUUUUGUUUCUAAAGGCCGCACUACCCUAUAAAGUCGGAUAGUGGUUAUUGUACUCAAUAUUGUACAGUUAUAGUCAAUAAGGGUUACAUAACUCUUCCCACGAAAAAGAGUGCCGCAUGGAUAUGCUAUAUUUCGUCCACUUUACAUCUUUCUGAUGGCUGGAAUCCAUGCCUACACUCUAUCAGUUGAAGAUUUUCCUAUCAUUAUAAACCGCUUUAGUAGCUUACCAUCCCAUAUAUUUCUCAAGUAAGAAACAUUAUCUAGCCUC